AUGGCUUCAACAUGUCAACCACUGAACGACAAUGUUUUUGGCCCUGUUGUCCAAGGAUGCAGGUCGGGAUUUGAUUUUACACUGUUAUUUGAGCAAACCAUACUUUCAAUUGGCCCUGCCGCAUUGCUUCUACUGUCGACUCCACCAAGACUCCUACGGCUUCUCCAGACAACCCGGAAAACAAUUUCAAGCCGCCUGCGCUCUUUCAAAGCACUGAAUGCUCUACUAUUAGUCGGUGUCCAGCUCGGCUUACUGAUAGCAUGGGCCCCACAACCUCCCACUCGAGCAACUGUGCCUUCCUCAGUUCUUUCUAUUCUAGCUGCCUUAGCCAUUCUAUUCCUCUCGCUACUUGAACACUCGCGAGCAGUCCAGCCUUCUUUUCUAGUCAACGUUUAUCUGCUCGUUUCGUUGUCAUUUGACGCAGUUCAAACUCGAACGCUAUAUCUCAGACACGAGAAGGGCACAAUACUCGGUCUUUUCACAGCCAACAUCGCAAUCAAGGCAACGUUACUACUUCUAGAGAGCAAAAAUAAGCGCAAGUGUCUCAAUCCGCCGUACAAUUCGUACCCACCUGAAGCUAUAAGUGGAGUCUUCAACCGGAGCUUCUUCUGGUGGCUUAACCCCACACUUGCGGAUGGAUUUCGAAAAUUAUUGACCGUGGACGACCUUUUCAAGACCGACAACAACUUACUCUCCAGGCCUUUGCAAGAACGCGCCCGGAAUUAUUGGGAUAAAUACCGCACUUCCACGCGACUUGCCUUGCUUUAUACCAUAUUCCAAUGCAUACGCUUACCAUUGGCACACAUGGUCUUUCCCCGUCUAUGUCUAAUUGGUUUUAAUUAUGCUCAGCCAUUUCUUAUCAACUCUGCCAUUGCUUUCGUCUCUCUCCCGAUCGAAGAGCAGAACAAGAGUGUUGGAUAUGGUCUCAUUGGAGCGGCUGGGCUUAUCUACCUUGGCAUUGCGCUUUCGACCGCUAACUACACACACCAAAUGUACCGAGCAAUCACGAUAUUCAGAGGCUCCACUGUGUCACUAAUCUAUGCCAAGACACUUGAACUACAGGCCGAAGUAUACGACGAGUCGACUGCUCUAACAUUGAUGAGCACUGACAUUGACCGUCUUUCUCUUAGCUUACAGGCAGCUUGUGAGAUAUGGGCGAGAGCUAUCGAACUGUCAAUUGGAUUGUGGCUUCUGGAAAGACAGAUGGGUUGGAUCUGUGUGGCCCCUUUAUUCAUUGUAGCUGGGUCGAUUUUUUUUUCUAGCAAAGUCGCUACACGCAUGGGCCCACGACAAAGGGAAUGGUUGAAAGGUAUCCAGCGCCGCGUUGGCAUGACUUCUUCGAUGCUAGGGUCGAUGAAAAGUGUCAAGAUGAUGGGAAUCUCCGACAAUCUAUCUGAGAGCCUCCAAAAGCAUCGAAUAUUUGAAUUGGAAUUGUCCAAGAAGUUUAGAGUGAUGGGAUUGUGGAGAUUACUUUUAUCGUUUGUACCUACAAUACUAGCACCCCUAUCUUGUUUCAUUAUCUUUGCGAUCAAAGCAACAGUGGACGGUUCGGAUCGUCCUACCGCAGGUGAAACCUUUUCGUCAUUAGCUAUUAUUUCGCUCCUUACCUCUCCUGCUUCGGACUUCCUGCAGUCUUUGCCUCAAAUUGGAAUGGCCACUGGCUGUCUAGAUAGAAUUCAGGUCUUCCUGCUUUCUGUUCCUCGGAGAGACGAUAGAAUAUCUUCGGAUUUGUCUAACACGGAGUCUAACACGGAAGAGGUUAUCUCUGAAGAACAGGGAAACGCGUUCGAGCUCAAACCCCUGCCAUCCAGAGUAUCAAUUUCGCCGGCGAUGAUCGUCCAAGACCUAUAUGUUCGACCAUCUGAGAAGUCGCCAGUCGCCUUGCAUGGCCUCAGCUUUCGCGUCAACAAAGGAUCUCUAGCCAUGAUUGUGGGAAUAGUUGGUUCAGGGAAGUCGACCCUUCUAAAAUCGAUCAUUGGGGAACUUAGAUGCGAAAGUGGAUCCAUUAGUGUUUCCAGCAAACGUGUUGCCUACUGCUCUCAAUCGUCAUGGCUCCCAAAUGCCACCGUCCGGCAGAUUGUCUGUGGGGUCCCUGAAGCUUCGUGCGAAGAUGCACUGUGGUACAAGACUGUUCUUCAUGCUUGUGCCUUCGAUGAAGAUGUAGCAAAGUUACCAAGUCUUGAUGAUACACUUAUUGGAAGUCGAGGUGUGACAUUAAGCGGUGGCCAAAAACAGCGACUAGCCCUAGCAAGGGCAGUCUACGCCAGGCGCGACGUGAAUAUUCUUGACGACGUGCUAAGUGCAAUUGACGCGAAAACCGAACGACUUGUUGUUGACCGACUGCUUGGAAACACUGGGCUCUUCAAAAAGCUUGGAUCUACUGUAGUAUUAGCCACCCACGCCGUUCGACAUCUGCCGCUUUCUGAUCAGAUUAUUGUUCUAGGUGCUGAUGGCAAUAUUGCUGAACAAGGAACCUUUAAGCAACUAAGAUCACAAGAUGGCUUUGUCAACAAAAUCAUCCUUUCGCCGGAACUCCUCCAGUCAAAAGAAAACCAGAAGAUUUCAGCCAACCCCUCGUCAAAUCAACCCUCAGGAGCCGCUCCCAAAUCUCUUAGAGGUCCCACAGCUAGUGAUACGGCUGAUUUGAGCCGUAGAAUAGGCGACAUUUCCGUUUAUAAGUAUUACCUUCAUGCCAUUGGUUGGAAGAAUGUUACUGUUAGCAUUGUUACCUCUGUCAUCUACAUGUUCUGCACAAUAUUUCCUCCUUUGUGGUUGACCUGGUAUGCCAAUGGCACGGUCUCAAGUCUGCCGCUUUUCAUCAGCAUUUACGCCGUAUCUGCAGUUAUAGCACUCUGUGCAAUUGCGCUGGUUUUAUUUAACUUAUACAUGCGUAUCACACCGGAAUCUGGGGCUCGAUUACAUGAAGUCCUGCUUCGAUCGGUGAUGGGGGCUCCCCAGUCGUUUUUCGACGAAACAGACUCUGGGAUUACAUUGAAUCGCUUCAGUCAAGACAUGACUAUCAUAGACGGCCAAUUGCCUAUAUCAGCAGUGUUGUCAUUUUCAUCUGCUUUACGAUGUCUGGGUGCAAUGGCUCUCAUUGCUGUCGGUUCGACCUACAUGGCUAUUACAUGUCCAGCUCUAAUACUCGCAAUCUAUUUUUUGCAGAAGUACUACCUACGAACUUCGAGACAGCUAAGGUUUCUUGAUUUGGAGUGUAAGAGUCCUCUGUAUACUCAUUUUGCAGAGACACUAGAGGGUCUCUCAACUAUUCGUGCUUUCGGUUGGCAAGAAAGCUUCAUUUCAGAGAAUUUGGAACGACUGGACAACUCUCAACGGCCUUAUUAUAUGCUCUAUUGUAUACAGAGAUGGCUCAAUCUCGUGCUACAGCUUCUUAUUACUGUUAUGGUUGUGAUUGUCAUGGCACUGGCUACGAGUCUGACCAACACCACGAGUGGUGGCCAACUGGGAAUAUCACUUAGCUCUGUGAUAUCUUUCAAUUCAACUCUCGCCAUUUUGCUGCUGUUCUGGACUCAGUUAGAGACAUCUUUAGGCGCAAUUGCGCGACUGAAAGGUUUUGAGGAAGGGACACUGUCAGAAAAUAAGCCUCAGGAAACUUUCGUACCUAAUGAGGAGUGGCCGGGUUCCGGUGCUAUCGAAUUCAAGAAUGUCUCCGCAUCAUAUGGGCAAGGCGCACCAGCCCUUCAAGAUAUUUCUUUUCGUAUCAACGCCGGAGAGAAAAUAGGCAUCUGCGGUCGAACCGGAAGUGGGAAAUCUUCACUCCUCUCGGUUCUUCUCCGUAUAAUCGAUAUCGAUUCCGGUUCUCUCACUAUCGAUGGUCUAGACCUAGAACUCAUUCGUCGCGAAACAAUACGGUCCCGUCUCAUCACCAUACCCCAAGACCCAUUUAUUCUCUCCGGAUCGGUCCGCCUCAAUGCCGACCCAAGCGGCAACGCGGGUGACGAAUCCAUCAUCGCAGCUCUGGCAAAGGUUGGGCUCUGGGACAUUCUGGAAUCUCGAGGCGGUCUCGAGGCAAAUAUGAAUACCAACCCGUUGUCUCAAGGCCAACUGCAGAUUUUCUGCCUCGCGAGGGCCAUGUUAAGAACCGGAAAGGGAAAGAUCUUGGUACUAGAUGAGGCAACGAGUAGUGUUGAUUCGGAGACGGACCUACUGAUGCAGAGACUGAUCCGAGAGGAGUUCAGUGAGUGUAUUGUGUUGACAGUUGCACAUCGACUGGACACGAUCAUGGACUCGGACCGGGUGAUUGUUUUGGAUGCUGGGAGACUGGUGGAGAUGGGAAGCCCAGAGGAAUUGAUGAAGCGUGAAGGGGCAUUCUGGGGGCUGAGAGGAGGAAGUCAUAAUGAUUGA